AUGGUUUUCAAUAUUACUUCAACUGUUCCAGAAAUUGUUUCUAAAAAGAAUCUCGACCCAGAAAUCGAUGCCUUCUUGAAGAAGGAGAAGUUAACUCUUGGUGGGAAGGAGCCUUUCCUCGAUGAACGUAGACACCAUACUGAGGUUCUUGCCAAUGUUCCCCUCUCUUCAGAACAAAAGUCUGUUAAGUUAAUUCCUCAUAUUGUUCCAGGUCCUGUUGGUGAUAUUAAUGUCAGACAAUAUAUUCCAAGUGGAUAUGGGGGAACUGCACUUCCUGUUUUGGUCUAUAUUCAUGGUGGAGGGUGGACUGUGGGCUCAUUACCUGAAUUUGAUGGCUGGUUCCGUCUUGCUGCUUACUACGGUAAAAUCCAAGUCAUUAGUUUAGAAUAUCGUCUUGCUCCUGAAUGGAGAUAUCCUGUUCAAUUGAAUGAAAUUAAGGCAACUUUGGAAUGGGUUUAUGCUAAUGCUUCCACUUUGGGGGUUAUUCCUUCAAAGAUUGCUUUGGGGGGAGAUUCAUGUGGUGGGAAUAUGACUGCUGUUACCGCGCAACGUACCUUGAAAGAUCCUGAUUUUAAGGUUCCAAUUGCUCUUCAAUGUUUGUUCUAUGCAGAAUGCAAGAUCCCCUUUGAAGUUCCAUCAGGUUCAGAAAACUUUAAUGCUCCUUACAUCCCUACCCAAGGUGUUUUCUUGUUUGCUUGGCAUGUUGUCCCUGCUGGGAAGAACCAUGUUGAUUGGGAUAUCACUCCUCUUAAUGGGGAAAACUUAUCCAAGUUACCUCCAGCCUUCUUUGUUACAUGUGGUUACGAUCCAUUAAGAGAUACUGGUUUAUACUACGCACAAAAGUUGCAAAAGGAAGGUGUUCCCGUUGAGUACCUACAUAAUGAAGAUUUGACUCAUGGGUUCCUCCAAUUUACUCCUUGGUCAAAGCGUGCUUUGGAAACUACAAUUCAAGUUGCGGAACAUAUCGGAAAGAAAUUAAGAGAGGAAUAA